GCCUUUAGGCUGCAUAAUUUUAGAUUUUCUCUAACAAAAUCAAAGUUUUCUCAGCUAAAAAGACAUUGCAGUCAAAUAAAAGAUGUAUCAAAGAUACAACUGUCUUCAGUUCCUAUUAGUGAUCCGAUCGAAGAAAAAACACCCAGUCCAUUACAAAAGAGGAUAUUUCAGGAAGGAGAACUGAAACCAUUUUCAGAUUUUUUGUCCGAUACAUUUGGUAGACAGCAUACCUACCUCCGCAUUUCUCUGACGGAGAGAUGUAAUUUAAGAUGCCAAUACUGUAUGCCAGAAGAUGGUGUGGACUUGACACCAAAGAAAAAACUUCUCUCCUUUGAAGAAAUACUCACCAUUACUAAGCUGUUUGUAAAAGAGGGUAUUACAAAGAUCAGAUUGACUGGUGGGGAACCCUUGGUGCGAGCAGAUCUUAUAGAUCUUAUUGGUGAGAUGAACAAACUUCGCAGUGAUGGCCUCCAGUCCAUUGCCAUGACAACCAACGGUGUAACCUUAGCCAGAAAAUUGCCAAAGCUUCAGGAAGCAGGUCUUACUCAUCUUAACAUCAGCCUUGAUACGCUGAUACCGGCCAAGUUUGAGUUUAUUACCCGCAGGAAAGGAUGGCGUCAGGUGAUAGAAGGCAUGGAUAGGGCACUAGAGUUGGGUUAUGAUCCUGUCAAGGUCAACUGUGUUGUGAUGAGGGGAAGGAAUGAAGAAGAAAUCUGUGAUUUUGUAGCAAUGACCGAAAAUAAGAAUUUAGACAUUCGGUUUAUCGAGUACAUGCCAUUCGAUGGGAAUAAAUGGAACCAUAACAAGAUGAUGACAUACCGUGAUAUGCUGACAGUUAUCAGAGAGAGAUGGCCAGAAUUUGAUAAAUUGACUGAUGAUGUGUCAGAUACAUCAAAGGCGUACAAAGUUCCUGGAUUUAAAGGUCAAGUUGGGUUCAUCACAUCCAUGAGUGAACACUUCUGUGGUGGAUGCAACCGUCUGAGAAUGACUGCAGAUGGAAAUCUGAAGGUUUGUUUAUUUGGUGCUAAUGAAGUGUCCUUGAGAGAUGCGCUAAGGUCAGGGAUAUCCGAGGAUGACCUUCUGGAGGUCAUUGGAGCUGCUGUCAAAAGGAAGAAGAAACAGCACGCAGGCAUGUUCAACCUUGCAAAGAUGAAGAACCGUCCAAUGAUCCUCAUUGGUGGGUGACUAGACCAUUCCAGCAGGAUCUUCUUGCUGGAAGAAAAAACUUGCCAAAUACAAAUUAAAGAAGGAGCCAAACGUCGUUCAAGACAAGCACAAAAUCAACACAAGAUCCAAGAUAACAUCACUCAAGCACGACAAAAGGUUUUCUCCGACAG